AUGUCGGGAAAGGCUCGAGGCUACUGGAGGGAGAACCCGCCUAAUUUUCCGUAUACCGCUCCGGCGAUACUCGCUUCUAACGAUGACAGUGGAGCAUCUGAGAACGAUUUGUUGGGUCACAAGCGUGGACGUACCCACAUCAGCAGCGAUGGAUAUAAGUUCUCAGCCUCAGAGUAUGAAUUUUGCAGCGAUUAUGGAAGUAUAUCCGUGCCCUCGGAUGCGACUUCAGAAGAAGAAACCGAAAAAUUUCCUGAUUUCGUUGACAAUGGUUUCAAUGCCCACAAUUACCUCCCAACUCCCAACGGUAGUCAACAGUAUCACGUCCCUCAAUACCUCCCACUUCAGUUGGCUGGAUACACUUACUAUCCCUGCAGCAGCCCCGAACAGAAGUCAACCGGAUAUCAAGUGGGUUAUAACUUCUAUCCCAGCGUGCCAUAUUUGCCACGUUAUUCUCCUUUUGUGAUGAAAGCGAGCCGUCAUUUCCCGAUGCUUGAUCAGGGACUUGGAAUGGGUCAAAAUGGCGGGCUCAAUGGCAAUUUUGAGGAAUAUGAAUAUAAUAAACUCACGGGUCUUGCUGCUUCUGUUGUAUCUAUGGGCCACACAAAAAAUCCUUCAGCAGUGAAUCCAAAUGCCGUUGGGGCAAACCGUCACUUUGUUGGGGUUACUGAGACAAUGGGGCAAAAGGGAGGUGAUGUCCUUUCGUCUGUCACUCUGGCGACGUCCAUGGAACAUGAUCCUUCAUUCUUGACUGCACAAACCUUUCAGCUUCCAUCUGACCACAACUACGCCACGCAGCAUCAGAACCCAGCGCCAGCAGCGUCCCCGAUGACUGCGACCACUGCGAUGGCUGUCACAAUGUCAGCCGCACAUAACGGUCCUUACGGCUACGCUGGCAAUCCGGUCUGCUACCCAUACGCGAUGCCGUUCGACAACGGGGCAAGAUACAGCCUACCACCCAGAUUUGGGGUUAUCAAAAUUACCAAUAUCCCUUAUGCAGUGACCAAGCACGAGAUCCUGCAGUUUCUUGGUCGUAACGCCAGGCCCUUGACACCUGAUUUAGGAUGCGCUGUGCAUAUUAUCAUGGAACGUUCGACUGGGAAGACAAUGGACUGCUACAUUGAAUUCCCAACUAAGGCCGAUGCGGAGUGUACGCUUGCUUGGGUCAACCGUGGUCUAGACACUUGCCAGACUCCAAAAUUGGGCAAUCGUCAUGUGGUAGUCAGAGCUAGCAAUCAGGACGAGUUGCUCAAAGAUCUCUUUCCGCGUGCCAAAAAUAUUGAUUGGAGAAACGGAAUUCCUCAUGUGAGAGCUGGAAUAGAGAAAUAUUGCUCUGGGUUUCAGGGUUUUUUGACUGGAGAGGAAAUUUUCUGCACGGUUCGCCAUGCUGAGAUGCCUCAACGCUCCGUUUACUGCGCAAAGUGCCUUCAGCGCCCUUACGAAAAUAUGAUGAGUACUUUAUAUAAGCAAUAUGCUGAAUUGAUUGUAGCCGGUUCUGCUACCAAGAACCCUGGCACCUAUGUCCUGGCUAACACCUGGCAUCCUGUCAUGCAUGCAGGCUCUCCUUUUGGGAAGGUCUGGCUUGAGUGGGGCUGGGGAAACACCCAUCACAAAUGGCAGACCGCGGUGGACUAUGAAAUUAGUGUUUUGACUCAGCUAGUCACUGAGGGUGUUAAGAGCAAACGUGGAACAGAGAGUCCUUCUCACUCUCUUCCAUCCUCUGCUUCGUCUCCUUCAGUUUCUGUUGAUGGUCCUUCUUCGGUUUCAGGGCCUAUCUCUGAAAAUAUUUCCCAAUCCGUUUCGCCCGCCGUGCUUCGUUACCCGGUUCGGCAUACCCACAGCCUAAGCCGCCAGGCCAGGUCUGCUCCCAUCAAUUUCAUCCAUGACGCGUGUUCAACCAAUGUGCCAGACUGCAAAGAUGAUGCCUCCCGUUCUAAUCAGGCUAAUCGUCGCAAACCCUCCAACUCCUUUUCAGGAUUCGCUGAUACUCGCGUUAUCCCCCAUAACAUGUUUGGAGCUGUGGGUACUCGUCGCCGCACCCGUGCUGCAACCAAUGGAAGUCGUCAUUCUCCAGUGCCUGAGGUCGAUGAAGGCUGCUAUGAGCGAUCUGUAUGA